AUGGCAGCUCCGAAAAAUCAAGCUGCAUGGCUCAAAGAAGCCGGCGAAGCCCUUGAGGUCUCUGACGCCCCUCUACCCACGGCCGGUUCUGGCGAGAUCGUUGUGAAGAAUGCUGCCGUUGCAAUCAACCCGCUAGAUUGGCAUAUGCAGGACUCUGGUGUCUUCAUCCAGCAGUGGCCUGCAGUAUUCGGGUGCGACGUGGCAGGUGAGGUGUUCGAAGUUGGACACGGCGUGGAUCGUUUCAAGGAAGGAGACCGCGUCAUCGGGCACACCGUCAACCUUGUCAGUGGACGCCCUCAGGAUGGCGCAUAUGCUCUCUAUACUGUCGUUCCGGCCAACAAGGCAGCUAUACUUCCCAGCUCCAUCUCUUUCACCGAUGGCGUCGUUGUACCCUUUGCAUUGGAAGCUGCCGUUUGUGCUCUCUCGGUCAAGGCACCCGGCCCAUGCAUGCCAGGGGUUCUGACGCCCGCUCUUGGUCUACCAUACCCCUCAAUCGAACCCAUGCCUUCGACAGGCAAGACACUCGUGGUCUAUGGCGGCUCUUCUUCAGUAGGAUCUAUGACUACUCAAAUAGCUAUCGCCGCUGGCAUCAACGUUAUCGCUAUCUCUGGCGCUCACAAUCUCGAACUCAGCAAACGUUGCGGAGCCGCUGAUACAUUCGAUCACAAAGACCCUUCUCUUGUGGAAAAGGUCGUUGCGGCCGUGGGAACAUCACACUUUGUGGGCAUUUUCGACGCCAUCUCGAUCCCUGAGACGUACGCCCAUAGUCUCGGCAUACUUGCGAAGCUUGGCGGGGGUCACCUCGCUUGCGUACACCCUCCUCCCUCGGAUGUACCUGACAAUGUCCAGGUAGGUAUGAUCUUCGCCGUCAACGAGAUCGCAUCGCCGGUCUGGGAAGACUUUGUCACGCCAGCGCUACGAUCGGGGAAGCUGCAAUGCAUCCCACCAUCCACGAUCGUCGGAAAGGGGCUCGACUAUGUCAAUGAGGGACUAAAGAGGUCCAAAGCAGGUGUCAGUGCGACGAAGCUAGUUGUUGAGCUGUGA